GCCUUGUCUAUCUCUCGAUCAUAUUAUUCCUCCCGAGCAAAACUUCCUUCUCAUCUAUCAGGCUUAAGAUGGUUAAGAAGAAGUCAGACGAGAGUGGGAAAGGGAAACCAAGUGGUAAAGAUUCUUCUAAAGAACCAAAGAAGGAGAGACUCUCUGUCUCUGCCCUGCUUGCUGGCAUGGACCAGAAAGAUGAUAAACCCAACAAGGCUUCUGCUUCUUCUUCAUCAUCCAGACCCAAUGCUGUCUCUAAGAAAGCUACUCGACGAGGAGGAAGAGGAGAUUCUGACGAGGAAGGAGGAAGAGGAGAUUCUGACGAGGAACAGAGACAGGCUGAAGCUAGGAGAAAGCUGAAGAGCCAGCAGAGCCAUCUUGACAUCUCCGUGACUGAUAAGGAACAGAAGAAGCGUGAGACGAAAGAGAGAGAAGCCCUCGAGGCUGCGGAGCUUGCUAAGAGGGAAGCUUUGAAGGAUGAUCAUGAUGCUUUCACUGUUGUUAUUGGAAGCAAGACUUCGGUGCUUGAAGGAGAAGACACUUCUGAUGCUAAUGUUAGAGAUAUUACGAUUGACUCUUUCUCUGUCUCUGCUAGGGGUAAAGAGCUUUUGAAGAACGCGUCUGUCACGAUAUCGCAUGGUAAAAGGUAUGGAUUGGUGGGGCCUAAUGGGAUGGGGAAGUCUACUUUGUUGAAGCUUUUAGCGUGGAGGAAGAUCCCGGUUCCGAAGAAUAUAGAUGUUCUUCUUGUUGAGCAAGAGGUGGUUGGUGAUGACAAGAGUGCUUUGCAAGCUGUUGUUUCCGCAAAUGAAGAGUUGGUUAAGAUAAGGGAAGAAGCUGCAGCUCUUCAGAACACGACGGCUUGUGAUGAUGAUGAUGGUUCUGGAGAAAAGCUUGCUGAAUUGUAUGAGAGGUUACAGAUCUUGGGAUCAGAUGCUGCUGAAGCACAGGCUUCCAAAAUCCUUGCGGGGUUAGGUUUCACAAAAGAUAUGCAAGUAAGGCCAACUAAGUCCUUCAGUGGUGGAUGGAGGAUGAGAAUAUCGUUAGCUAGAGCUCUCUUUGUGCAACCUACACUUUUGUUGUUAGAUGAACCUACCAACCAUUUGGACCUGAGAGCUGUUCUCUGGUUAGAGGAGUAUCUCUGUCGCUGGAAGAAGACGUUGGUUGUUGUUUCACAUGACCGGGACUUCCUCAACACUGUCUGCACGGAUAUAUUCCAUUUGCAUGACCAGAAUCUCCACUUCUACCGUGGUAAUUUCGAUGCUUUCGAAACAGGAUAUGAUGAUCGACGGAAGGAGAAGAACAGAGAGUUUGAGAAGUACGAGAAACAGUUGAAAGCAGCUAAGAGAUCUGGAAACCGUGUUCAACAAGAGAAGGUAAAGGACAGGGCUAAGUUUGCAGCAGCGAAAGAAGCAUCCAAGAGUAAAGCAAAAGGUAAGGCUGUGGAUGAGGAGGGGCCAGCACCGGAAGCUCCAAGAAAGUGGAGAGAUUACAGCGUGGAGUUUCAUUUUCCAGAACCAACCGAGCUCACUCCUCCUCUUCUGCAGUUGAUUGAAGUUAGCUUCUGCUACCCCAAUAGACCAGAUUUCAGGCUCUCAGAUGUUGAUGUAGGUAUCGAUAUGGGCACAAGGGUGGCUAUAGUUGGGCCUAACGGAGCUGGAAAAUCUACUCUGUUGAAUCUUCUUGCGGGAGAUUUAGUUCCAACGGAGGGUGAAGUGAGAAGAAGCCAAAAGCUGGUGAUUGGCAGAUACUCUCAGCAUUUUGUUGACCUGUUAACAAUGGGGGAAACACCUGUUCAGUAUCUUCUACGACUUCAUCCUGAUCAAGAGGGAUUCAGCAAACAAGAGGCUGUGCGUGCGAAGCUAGGCAAGUUUGGGUUACCAAGUCACAACCACUUAACUCCAAUUGCGAAGCUGUCUGGUGGACAGAAAGCUAGAGUUGUGUUGACCUCAAUCUCAAUGUCUAAGCCACACAUUUUACUUCUUGACGAGCCUACGAAUCACUUAGACAUGCAGAGUAUAGAUGCGUUGGCAAAUGCACUAGAUGAGUUCAGUGGAGGAGUUGUGCUGGUGAGUCACGACUCGAGACUCAUUUCACGUGUCUGUGAGGAUGAAGAGAAGAGUCAAAUUUGGGUUGUAGAAGAUGGAACUGUUUCCUUUUUCGAAGGCACAUUUGAAGAGUACAAAGAAGAUCUUCAAAGAGAAAUCAGAGAAGAGGUUGAUGAUGAGUGAAGUUUUAUUGGUUGGCUUUUAAAGGUAAAUCUCAAAUAGUCAAACAUAUUCAUAGCAGAUUUGAAAAGUUUUGGACAAAUUUUAUUUUAGACAAGUGCGUGUUUUCAUCUUAUCAUGUGAUUUUAGUGAC